GAGCUGGAUUCAGCCCCCGUCAAUUGGUGACAUAUUGAUAGGCGGGCAUUUCCGCAUUAUUAGCGCAGUGCUCUUAGAGCCGGGGGUUAUUAGGGAGUGGGCGAUGCGGUGAGUGAUUUGCUUUUAUUGGGAAUAAACGGGAGAUGGAGCAGAAUCAAACAACCGAGUACAGGGACUCCCCUCCGCUGCUGGUGUUCGUGGAGCCCGACGCUGAAGAACAGGAAGUGACCGCCCCCCACACUCCGCUCUCUCCUCAUUCAGCCAGAUCAGCUCCUGGGAGCGCGGUGCGGUUCUUCUCCGAUAGUGGUCGGGAAGAAGAUGCCGGGGAGGAUGAGCCGCUGCUGAAAAAGUCUGGUCCUACGUCUCCUAGAGCUGCGAGGAAGGGGAGACAUAGGCUUAGUUCGUCCUCGGACAGAGAGAACAUGAGCGCGGGUCACAUUGGAAAUGGGGAGUUUAAUGUCAUUUUGGAUGACUCUGAGUUUGCCGAAAUAAUUCACCGAGCAGAGCAAGCCAUAGAGAGCGGUGUGUUUCCAGAAAGAAUCUCUCAAGGAUCCAGCGGAAGUUACUUUGUUAAAGAUCCAAAAGGGAAGACCAUUGGCGUGUUUAAACCAAAAUCAGAGGAGCCUUAUGGACAUCUAAAUCCUAAAUGGACCAAAUAUUUUCACAAGAUUUGCUGCCCCUGCUGCUUUGGCCGUGGAUGCCUUGUUCCUAAUCAGGGGUACCUAUCUGAGGCUGGUGCUUAUCUGGUGGAUGAAAAAUUGGGAUUAGGUGUUGUUCCAAAAACCAAGGUUGUAUGGCUUGUAAGUGAAACAUUCAAUUACAGUGCAAUAGACCGGGCAAAAUCACGAGGCAAAAAAUAUGCUUUAGAAAAGGUGCCAAAAGUGGGUAGAAAAUUUCACCGUAUUGGACUACCACCUAAGGUUGGUUCCUUCCAACUCUUUGUUGAUGGGUAUAAAGAAGCUGACUAUUGGCUAAGGAAAUUCGAAACUGAUCCCUUACCUGAAAAUACCAGAAAACAACUUCAGUCUCAGUUUGAGAAAUUAGUGAUACUGGAUUAUGUGAUUAGAAAUACGGAUCGAGGCAAUGAUAAUUGGCUAAUUAGGUAUGACAGUCAGGAAGACGAUGAGCUUUUAGAAAAAGGAGACGAUUUUCCUUUAAAGGACUGGAAGGAAAUCAAAGAACCAAUAAUCAAAAUUGCUGCAAUUGACAAUGGGCUGGCAUUUCCUUUUAAACAUCCUGAUGAAUGGAGGGCAUACCCAUUCCUCUGGGCUUGGAUUCCUCAAGCUAAAGUUCCUUUCAGUCAGGAAACCAGGGAUUUGAUUCUGCCACGCAUUUCCGAUAUGAAUUUCGUCCAGGAUCUUUGUGAGGAUCUUUAUGAGCUUUUUAAGACUGAUAAAGGAUUUGACAAGGCUACAUUUGAAAAACAGAUGUCUGUGAUGAGAGGACAGAUACUCAAUCUGACGCAGGCAUUAAAAGACGGCAAGACUCCUAUUCAACUAGUGCAGAUGCCUCGAGUGGUGGUGGAACGGAGCUACAGUGGCAGCCAAGGCAGAAUUGUGCAGAUGAGCAAUGCGUUUACUCAGACUUUCCACUGCCGAAAACCCUUCUUCUCUUCCUGGUAACAGGAGAAAAAGGACCUGUUGUUGUUCUCUCAACCCUGAUGAAGCUGCUCUUUUGCACAAAGUCCUGCAAUAAAGUGAAACCCGCUGUUAACUGCCAAAGCUCCGGCCUGUGGUACAAACGAGUACUGUGAAUGUAAUAAAGUUUACAGUUCAGUCCAUAUUGUAAUGUCAGGGAUUCACGUAGGACUGUGUUGACUGUACUGUAUUUUUAUACGACUAAACACAAUAUGGAGGAAAAAAAAAAAAAUUGUUGAAAUGGGUUGUGCUCCUUCAGGGGGGCUUCAAUAUGCUGGAAUGAUAAUGCAGCAAAUCUAGCAAUGCAAAAUAGAUUUAUUUAUAAUGUAAAAAGGCCAAUAUUUUGUAAUAUUAUUAUAUUUGCCAUAUGAAAUGAAAUAAAAAUGUUUUCUCACA